AUGGCUGCCAAAAAGAGAAGUGAAAAUUUCUCUACUGAUGAUGUUUUGUUCAUUAUAAGUAAGGUUGAAGAGAAUAUAGAUGUUAUUCAGUCGAAACAAACUAAUCAAAUAACAAAUGCCAAGAAGGCAGGUGUGUGGAAAAGCAUCACAGAUGCUGUUAAUGCCCGGGGUGGUGUAAAUAGGACCGUUGAACAGGUCAAAGAGAAAUACCGUAAGGCCUGUUCAAAAGCAAAGGGGGAUAACGUAACCCAGAAGAUUCAUCGGAGAAAGACUGGUGGAGGGCCACCUCAUCCCCCUCUUGAUGCCAUUUCUCAAAAGAUAUUGGAUCUUCACGAGGACUCCCCUAAUUUCACAGGCUUUCAAGGUGGGAUUGAGGUUGGCGGAUUUAAUGUAACAGAGAAAUCAGUUCCUAAACCUGAAGAUAGUGACUGUGUUAAUGAAGGUCUUGAAUCACAGAUCUCAUGCAAUACAAGUUCAUGCAACACCUAUAAUGGAUGUGGGCUUGAGACCUUAGCAUCUAAUGGUGAGAGCCAACAAAUCAUUGAACUUCCUGAAAAUUCUUCAGGAUCACCUGUUGCAUUCAAUGUAACAAUAUCCAAUUCAGGGACAACUGUUAGAAAGUCUGAUUGUUCAGCUGAAGAGAAAAGAAAGAGGAAACCUAUUGAAACAGGCAGCUCAGAAUUACAAUUAAAGGUGUCAGAUCUUCAAAGACGUGUUCUGCUUGAGGAUUUAGAGAGAAUUAAGGAACAGAGGGAAUUGAUUAAGCUCCAGAAGACAAAAGUGGAUCUUGAAAUCAAGAAGCUUAAAAUGGACAUUGCUAAUCAUGAACCUAGCAAUAUAAAUGAACCCUAA